AUGGAAGCAACCAAAACACUGCCAGCGUCGUGGUACAUUUCACAAAAUCUUUACUCCCUCGAACAACGAGCCAUAUUCUACAAAGCCUGGUACUUCGUCGGAGCUGUCCCUCGAUUUGCAGUGGAACGGGAAGUCGAGUAUGAAUUCGCAGGGGUUUCCAUCAUUGUCCAACACGAUGGGAAUGAGAACUUUGAGGUGAAAAGGAAAUCGGAUGGCGUCUCUCUCGCAUAUCGCCUGACUCCCACGGGUGCCUUGUUCGCCACCAUCGACCACUCUGCGCCGCCGUUUGAGGAGUGGUUUCCACCAUCUCUUCUUGAGCUCCUGUCCCGGUACAAUUUCCGCCGCCUACCUCACCGCCGCUCCAUCAAAUACCCCGGACGCUUCAACUGGAAAACCAUGGUCGAUGGGUACCAAGAAUGCUUGCACUGUCAAUACACGCACCGCAGCUUCAGUGUCAAAUACCCGCCCACUUUUUACGAAGUACACAACCACGACACGUAUAGCCGGCACAUUGCCGACCCGCAGAACCCCAACGACGGUUUGUUCUUAUACUUCUUCCCCGUCUGCACCCUGAAUCUGUACGGUGGCGGUAUGAGCAGUUUCCGCGUAUGUCCCGGUGACAAAGUCGGCGAAACUCGCAUGGAGUUUGACUACUACUAUGACGAUGGCAAGGGCGGCAUGGAAGGGUUUGAGGAGUACUACAAGUUUGUGAGGAAGGUGGCGUUGGAGGACUUUGAGCUGUGCGAGGUCGCGCAGAGCAAUCUGGAGAGAGGCGUUUAUUCGCAGGGGGUGCUGAAUCAGGUGAAGGAGAGUGGUGUUUUGCAUUACCAACAACUGUCUAGGAAGAUGGUGGUCGAGAAGUUCAAGGAGGAGGAGGCGGAGAAGAACGCCCUCACGCCCGCCAGCAGUCGAGCCAGCGGCGUCGGUGUAUCUGUCUCAGCUUGA